AUUCUAUAACCGGUAGGUAGAUAUUCUGGGAUUUCCAAUGGCUGUAGAUUUUAACUAUAAAAUAGUUGUCCUUUUACAUAAUAUAAAUUUAAUCGAUUUGAAAAAUUUUUCUAUUUACGAAGUGAACACACAUUCACAUGGGAUUACAGUUCGAUUAGUGUAAUAUGAAUAACGGUUGAUUCCAUGUCGUCAUUAAGCCGAAAACAAGACAAGUACAACUAACACCUGAACACUCAUUUGGCCACGUGGCUUUUCUUAUACGGAGGUGUAUUAAUAAACGCAUUAAAUAGGUAUUGAAGCAAGACGAUUUUCAACAGGAAAUCAUCCGUAAUCAUUUAGAAAUAGGAAAAAAAUAAUCUCCAGGAAUGCUAAACAGAUUCGCUGAAAAAUCGGUCGGGACAUAUCAUCGCGUUUGUACACUUAUAAUAGCGUAACAGCAUACAUUAAUUGUUCGCACAUUAAGGUGUAUCUCGUGCAAUUACCUUAUACACCUUAACAAAACGUAUAGCUUCGUUUUACGCGUUUCCGUUAUGGACAGAGAAAUAAUCAAAGUCCGUGGUUUCCACCCUGUUAGCGAACGGAUGAAUAUGAACAAACGAAAAAUGUUUAUACGGGACAUGAUCAACGAGAACUCCAUGUGUUUAUAAUUUAAAUUUCACUCGGUAAACAUGGAUAACCGGGAAUUCGAUAAGUGCACGAAAAAAGUCAAGGUAAAAAAAAAAAUGUAGAAGAUUGAUUGAUGCUCUUAGAACUGUUGAAAAAUGUUAAAACGGAUCGAUAAAACAUAAUAAUCCGUGGUUAUGAGGGGCAGCUAGUAUUGUUGAAGUCAUCUUGGUAAUCGUCAUCGUCCUCGUCAAAAAUUGUAAAACAGACGUACAAACACAAGAUAGAUGCAUCAAAACCAUUUGUAAUGGAACAUCGAGCAAGGUCUGGAAGUUACGAUUUCUCCGGUGAAAUCAAAUAACCGUGAUGAUAAGAAGAACGGAGAAGUGGCGAUGGUAGACAGCAGCUGUUGGCCGUUUUAUCACCCGGAGCGUUUGCCAACCUGUGUGCGAACAAGAAUACAGAACGUUUCCGUUUUUUCCAGCUCCGGCAUCUUAAUCAGGCAACGACGACGAAUUCGUUUGGAAAGUGCGAUGUGCGGAACGUUUCGCUCGGACACGGGCACGCAACGUCCCGAGACGGGUUGAACGUGGCGCACCGAUGCGGACGACGCGACCAACAACAUAUGAUCGGCUACUCGGUUGCGGUCGAUCGCCGUCGUCCGCGGUCGGGCGGUGCCGUCCGCGUAGCUAGGUCGCUUUCGUGUGCUGAUCGUCGCCAAUCGCCGUUACUGCGGCUCGGGAGCCAGCGGCGGCCCUCAGUGGCUCAGUGCACGUCCGCCAUCACUGUAAGUUGUGCUGUGCGUGCUGAUGUGGGCCGACGUGCUCUCCGAACUGAGACCGAAUAGGGCCUCAUGCAGAAGACUUUUUUCGACAUAAAACAUAGGUUAUUGAGCGCAUUGGACGAUGAAUACAAUGUUACCGAUAUGUCUACAGUGUUUGAGGUUAUUUCAACCCUUGAACAACUACCAGUUACCACGGAGGUGCUUGAGGCAACCCGUAUCGGUAAAAUGGUCAAUGAAUUACGACGUAAGACUUUGGACAAACAAUUGGCCAAACGUGCAAAGGAACUUGUACAGCGAUGGCGUAACCUAAUGAUAAAUAGUGCUCAAGUCAUUCAGCAGGCUAAGCUUCCUCCCUCACAGCCUAAUGGCAUGCUUAGCAAUCAUAGUAAAAGACCUAUUACUUCACCUGAUCAAUGUACAGCACCCCUUAAAAAACCAAAAUUAAAUGGAGUACCUAUUCUAAGCUCAACCACAAUUUCUCCACCGGUUCAAAGAACACCAGAACCAAUACCUAGUCCGGUUAAUGAGCUUGAACAAGAACUUGAUCCUAUAAUUGAACCACAGGGACCAAAAAAACGUGGUCGAAAAAAAGGAGGUAAAAAUUCCAUAAAACUGGGGAUUACACCUGCUAAUCCUGUGGAUCUGGAAAGAAUGGUUGUUGGUGCCAGUAAAUUAAAAACUACUCAAGAAAUAAUUGCGUCAUUACGUAAAGAUGAUGUAAAUUAUCAAGUGGAGGAAAAACCACAAAUAUCUGUACAAGAGUUCCAGGACGAACCUUCUGUAGCAAAAGUUGAUAAACCUACUCGACCUAAGGUUGCAGAUGUCGACCGACAAAUACUGGAUAUAUAUAAUAGAUUACCUCCUCUGGACAUAGAAGCCAUAGACUGGAAUUCACCUCCACCAUCACCUCCACGGCCACCUCUUUCGCCUACUGAUUUAGUAGAAGGAGCUCAAAUUGAAGGUGUAACUGGUAAUUGGGAAAAUGAUGAAACGUUUAGGGAGUGGCAUGAGGUAUUAACUAGGGCAAACGAUACUGGUGAACCACUUGUCAUACUACCAUACGUGAUAAUUGACUGACAGGGAUUAUUUUUCUACUAGACUUUGUGAUAAAGACAUUUCAAGUCUUAAUAUUGUAAAUACUAAAGAUUAACUUUUUAAUAAAAGUGUAAAAAAAAAUUAAAAAAAAUUUAUAAUAUUUAUGUAGACAUGUAUCCGAUUACUGAAUGUGUCUUUUAAUGCUCUUUAAUUAUUAUUUGUCUUUUAAUACUGUAAAG